AUGCUCCCAUCUCCGUGUAACUUCCUCACUGAGCAAGCCGGGACUGACUUCACCCUGCUGCCAGCUCUUGCCUCCUUGGAGCCCAGUGCCAUGCAGGUGCGGGACUCACCCCACUGGCCCUCAGCCAUGCAUUUCCUCAGUUCCUUUCUCCAGGGCCGCCGGCACUCCACCUCGGAUGCGGUUGUGCAACUGCAACAGGCCCGGCACAGGUCUGGCCCAGCCGCGAAGCUGCUGUCCUCAUCCUCUUUCCAGGUGAUGGUGGCUGUGUCCUCCGUCAGCCAUGCCGAGGGAAACCCAACUUUACCGGAGAGAAAAAGAAAUGCAGGACGUCCAACACCAAAGUACACAAAAGUAGGCGAGCGCUUACGGCAUGUCAUUCCCGGGCAUGUGGCGUGUUCCAUGGCGUGUGGUGGCAGAGCAUGCAAGUAUGAGAACCCAGCCCGCUGGAGCGAGCAGGAGCAAGCCAUCAAGGGGGUCUACUCAUCCUGGGUCACUGAUAACAUCCUGGCCAUGGCUCGGCCAUCCUCUGAGCUCCUUGAGAGAUACCACAUCAUCGAGCAGUUCCUCAGCCAUGGCAUAAAAACAAUAAUCAACCUGCAGCGCCCUGGUGAGCAUGCUAGCUGUGGGAACCCUCUGGAACAAGAAAGUGGCUUCACUUACCUUCCUGAAGCUUUCAUGGAGGCUGGCAUUUAUUUCUACAAUUUUGGAUGGAAGGAUUACGGUGUAGCAUCUCUUACCACCCUCUUAGAUAUGGUUAAGGUGAUGACAUUUGCCUUACAAGAAGGAAAAGUAGCUGUUCAUUGCCAUGCAGGACUUGGCCGAACAG